AUGUCGUCAGAUUUUGGUAUGCUGACUCCUCCGGCUCAAGAUUCUUUUGAUAAUCUUUUGGAAAUUGAUAAUGAAAAGGAUUCAAGUCAAGUUGAUCCAAUUGAUCAAUUUCCUUUAACCGCUCCUCCUUCGGUACACGAUAAUACUGAUGGUUCAGAUGAACCAUCUUCUCCAACGAGUCCUGAAUCCGUUGCUCAAUCCGGUUCUAGAUAUCUUAUACAUAAUUCUUGUCUAUCCACUUUCAUCCCUCAGGUUGCUGCUGUUCAUCAAAUCAAAAUUCCUGAUUCUUAUUCUUUAUCAUCUUGUUCUACUUCGGUGAGAUCUUCUUCACCUUGUGCUGAUUCUUCCUCUUCAACUGUUAAUGACUCUACAAAAUCAGUUGAUUCUACUAUUAGUACUAGUAGUACAAUUACUUCAUUUACUUCAUCUAAACGAAAACGAAAAGGUAUACCUCUUAGAUCCCCUAAUCGUGAAGAUUUAGAAAGUGAUCCUGAUUCUAUUUCAAUGCCUCAAGAUAAGAUAAUCGGUCCUUCAGCAAUUAUUAUUCAUAGACCUCUAUUAUUACCUGAUAUUAUUAAAUCAAUUUCUCAAGCUAGAAGAACUAAAAUGAGAACUAGACCACUUACUAGAGCAAAGAAUAAAAGAGAAAGUCAAGAAUUAGAAUUACUUAAAUUAACUGGAUUAGAUCAUAUUAUUGAUUCACCUGAUAGUAAUGGAUCAAUUAAAAAUGGUGAAGAUCCCGUGAUUAAUUCAUCACGUCGUACCACAACAAUUAAUGGAAAUCAAAAAUUCAUGACAACAUUUACAAAUUCACAAAUGUCUAGAUCAAAUCAAAUUUCAUUAAAUGGUGGUAAUAAUAGUAUUAAUGGUGAUAAACAAUUAAGUCGAACAUCUACACAUAAUAAUUCAUUAUCUUAUUAUCGAACAUCUAAUCAACGUAGAGCUUCAAUUUCAGUAUCUUCUUUAUCAUCAAUUCCUACAUCAGAAUUAAGUGAUUAUGAUCUUAACUCUGAUAAUUUUGGUGAUGAUGAAGAUGAUCCAGAUUUUGCACCUUCAACAAAAAAACGUAAAGAAUCAGGUAAUAAAACUAAAGUUUGUGCAAGUUGUAGAACACGUAGUACACCAUGUUGGAGACCUGGCUGGCGUCCAGAUCUUUUCUUGUGUAAUAGUUGUGGAUUAAGAGAGGAUAAUAAGUGUCCUACUUAA